AUGCUGAUAAGCGAGUUUUUACCAUGUGAUAGUAUAGUUCCCUUACUGGAAGAGGGGGACCUACUGGAGUUUAAAAGAACAAUGUAUCUCGCAGGAUCUAUGACAGAGAUUUAUCGACAUUGGGCUCUGUUCAUUGGAUUCACAGACGGUGUUCCAAUGGUUAUUCAUAUCUCAACUCCAGACGGAGAUUUUACUAAUGUAACCGGAUUUUCGGUGAAGGAUUCUAUGUCCGUUUUAUCAAUGUUUAGUGGGGGAUCUUCAGCGGAAGUUCGCAGCGAUAGCUUGAGGGGUGUAUACGGAGAAGAUACUGCUCGAAUUAACAAUUCUCUUGAUGAAACCCACAGACCUUUUCCCCAUCCUAUAAUUGUGAAAAGAGCCAUGUUGGAACUUGGCAGUAAGAACUAUAGCAUUAUCUUCAAUAACUGUGAACAUUUCGUCAAGUGGUGUCGAUACGGAAACAGAAUUAGUAGUCAGGCCGUGGCCGUCAAGUCUUUCCUCUUAUCUUCCGUCCUUGCUGUAGGUGUCAAUCCAUUAGUUGCAGUCGGUGUGGGUUCACUGUUUGCUGCAACAUCUAAUGCCGUUUCUCGCCAUAUACAUAGAACCUUCGGCUCAACGAAUGCGUUUUCGUUUUUCUAA